AUGUCUUCUGAGAAAGAGAGAGAGCAUCUCGCCAACAAGGCCCCGGAGGAGGGCGAUGCUCCUCCCGCCUACGAGAUAGGCGAACCAUCGUCAGCUAGAGACAUCACGUCCCCGCCCGCAGCUACUGGCGAAUCCUCCAAAGCCUCGACGCGCCCAACAGCAGACGCGCCCUUCAAUUUCCCCGAGGAUGGUCCCUUGCCCACCUAUUCCGAGGCAUCGUCGAGCAAGCAGCCACCCAUCGCAAUCCCACAGGAGUCUCCCACUCCCACUGCUCCGUUCCUCAAUGCCUACCCUCCAGCUCUGCUCAGCCAUGGCAUCACGCAGGAGGCAUGGUCUUCUUUCCUGGACACAAUUUCUGCUUUUUUGACGGCCAAGGUUGGAGAGCGCGCAAUCAACCACGCUGGGGACAUUGCCAAGAAGGUCGGCCAGCGUCCGACAAGCUAUGUCAAGAACGUUGUUUCGCACACCAAGAGCGUCGGAAAGAGCAUUGGCGAUAAUGCAAAGAGGGGCAACAUCAUUGGAGCGGCCUUUGGUGUCAUUGGCGGUGCCAUUUCCAUUCCCGUCGGCGCUGCUCUUGGUGUUGUUGGAACAGUCGUGAGUCUUCCGGGGCACACAAUCGCGGCUGUGACGAGGAAGCCCAAGACACCUGCAGAACGAGCGGUCGCCUACGUGACCGUCGCCAACAAGGACUGGUUCAACAAGCGAGGUCUCCAUGCGAGCUUGGUCAACACUGAACAGCUUUCCGAGGUUCUUGGUGUCUCGGUCAAGGCCGUGCUGGAGGCGUCUACUGGGGAUAAGAGUGGAGGCGCAGAGGGACAGUUGAGUGCUUUGAGAGAGCAUAUUGCUCAUUUGGAGAUUCAGGGACCGGGUGUCAUUGAUCUGGCUGACGCGACUACGUGGUUGGUCGUGGUGCGGAUAGAAGCAGCACCAGAGCAUCGCUUCAUAUCACGAUUUCCCUGGGUCAUUCCUUUGUUCGACGACUCUGAUGCCAUCAAAAUUCUCAGCUAUGUUCCGCAACAGCAGCCCUUCCGUGGGUCUUUUGUUUACAACAACUUUGCCUACGAGGUUCUUGGGCAUGUCAUCGAAAUGGUUUCCGGCUCACCAUACUCCUCGUUCCUUCACGAGUGCCUACUUCGCCCCCUAGGCAUGAUGAGAACCUACUUCACCGACCGGACUGAACAAAUGGAAAAUGAAGCCAAGCCCUACACUGCCCUUUCCGACGUUACACCGGUCCGUAUCUCGCCUGUCCUCCAGGGAGAUCACGUUUUGAUGGGCCCGGCCGGCGGUGUUCGAAGCUGCGUCUCUGAUCUUGUCAUCUUUUACGAUGCUCUUUUGGAUGCUGCUGCCGAAGAACUUGAGCUGGGCACAGAACAGGCAUACGCACCCAAGUGCCAUUCCGUGUCAUUCUCCGAACUCCCAACUAUGUGGACAGGCUGGAAUAUCCUGCCAAUGCCCCUCAUCCGAGAGCACUCAUACGACCUUAACCCGUUGGUGGGCACUGGAGCUCCAUCUCGUCUUGCCAUCUGGCACAGUGGCGACAUUCCGGGAUACCAGACUCAUGCAACGCUUUUCCCAGAGACUAAACAGGCAGUUGUGGUGUUGACGAACUCGCUGUCGUUGAAUGAUGGCUCCAGGUACAUCAACAAUCUGGUUAUCGAGGCUCUGCUGGACAAUCUUGACAAUGCACACGACUAUGUGAAACUGGCAAAAAAGUCGUCAGACCUAGCAGUGAAGAGGGUGGAGAGCAUUCAAAAGGAACUCGUUGACGGCCGAACACGUCCUGAGCCAUAUAGGCCUCUAGACAGCUAUGCCUGGCGCUACUUCAACACAGUCAAGAAUUUCUUUAUCGACGUUGGGCUCAACGAUCAAGGCAACCUCCAUAUAUUGUUCAUGGGAAGAAAGACGGACACAUUUGAACUGAAGACAUACCAAGAUGAUGGCUUCUUUUGGUUCUUGACUCACGACGAGGCUGCCAGACUAGCUCAGUAUGAUGGAUAUGGGCAAGACUUCUACAUCUUGAGGUAUGGCAGUGUCAAGGGUGAUGACGAUGUUAUAGACGCUCUCCGGUGGAAGCACGAAUCGUCGCUUGAUGGGUUUGGCGAGGUGUUUGAGCGACAUUCGACCUCAAAGAAUGGUCCGAGUACAUAG